CUGACAGCAAUCUUUAUCUCUGCAUAGAAACUACAAUUUUCCUCUGGGACUGAAGCAACAAAGCUCGAGGGGAAAAAUGACCGUGUUCAGCACCAAUUUGUUUCAUGCUGUCAACGGCAAGGCAGGAGCAUAGGGAAGUCCCCUCUUCCCUCAGCCAAAGGUCCAGGAUGGAACAUUCCUGCUCGCUCCUUCUGCUCUGUGUUAGUUUUCUGUUUGCACAAGCUUUACCACCCAAUGGAACUGAACUGCCAAAACCAACAACAACAACAAACUCUACAGAGGAGAACAAUUUACACAAGGACCUACUGACUUCAAUGCUGAUUCUGCUCUUGGUCUUCAUCAUUUUCAUUCUGUUGGCUGGCUAUUUUUUCAGGUUCAGAAGACAUAGGAAAGCUGUUGUGAACUCCGGGGACAAAAAGAUGCCAAAUGGGAUCUUAGAAGAACAAGAACAGCAACGAGUCAUGCUGCUCAGUAGGUCUCCCUCGGGCCCAAAGAAGUAUUUCCCUAUUCCAGUAGAAAAUCUUGAAGAGGAAAUUCGGAUGCGAUCAGCGGAUGAAGGGAAGCUCUUCCGGGAGGAGUUUAAUUCAUUAACACCUGGAUAUGUGCAGGGAACAUUUGAAAUGGCAAAUAAGGAAGAAAACAGAGAGAAAAACAGAUAUCCUAACAUCCUGCCAUAUGAUCAUUCCAGAGUGAUUUUGACCCAGAUCGAUGGAGUUCUACCUUCAGACUACAUUAAUGCGUCAUAUAUAGAUGGUUAUAAAGAAAAGAAUAAAUUCAUAGCAGCACAAGGACCGAAGCAAGAAACAGUUAAUGAUUUCUGGAGGAUGAUAUGGGAGCAGAAGUCGGCUGUUAUCGUCAUGUUAACCAACCUGAAAGAAAGAAAAGAGGAAAAAUGUUAUCAGUAUUGGCCUGACCAAGGGUGCUGGACUUACGGAAAUAUCCGCGUGUCAGUGGAAGAUUGCAUAGUUCUGGUGGACUACACCAUCCGCAAGUUCUGCGUUCAGUCACUUCAUGAUGGUUGUAAAGCUCCGAGGCUCGUUACGCAGCUUCACUUUACCAGCUGGCCUGAUUUUGGGGUGCCUUUCACACCUAUUGGGAUGCUGAAAUUCCUGAAAAAAGUCAAAACAUUGAAUCCUGCCCAUGCUGGACCAAUCGUGGUUCACUGUAGCGCUGGUGUGGGUCGCACAGGGACAUUUAUCGUUAUAGAUGCCAUAAUAGACAUGAUGCACGCGGAACAGAAAGUUGAUGUUUUUGAAUUUGUUUCAAGAAUCCGUAAUCAGCGUCCGCAGAUGGUUCAGACUGACAUGCAAUACUCCUUCAUUUAUCAAGCCUUACUUGAAUACUACCUCUACGGUGACACGGAGCUGGAUGUGUCAUCCUUAGAAAAACAUCUACAAACAUCACACAACGCGGCGCCAAACCUCGUCAAAAUAGGGCUAGAAGAAGAAUUUAAAAAGUUGACAAACGUUCGAAUAAUGAAAGAAAACAUGAGAACUGGCAAUCUUCCAGCAAAUAUGAAGAAAGCUAGAGUCAUCCAGAUUAUCCCAUAUGAUUUUAAUAGAGUGAUUCUGUCGAUGAAAAGAGGGCAAGAGUAUACAGACUACAUCAAUGCUUCCUUCAUAGAUGGCUAUCGCCAGAAGGAUUACUUCAUUGCCACCCAGGGACCGCUUCCGCACACGGUGGAGGAUUUCUGGCGGAUGGUGUGGGAAUGGAAGUGCCACACCAUCGUUAUGCUCACAGAAGUUCAAGAGAGGGAGCAGGAAAAGUGCUGCCAGUACUGGCCAUCAGAGGGCUCUGUAACUCACGGAGAGAUAACCGUAGAAAUAAAGAAUGACAGUCUGUUAGAUGCCAUAAGCGUAAGGGACUUCAUAGUUACGUACAAUCAGGGUAACCAGGAGAAGCAAAGCAGGCUUGUUCGGCAGUUCCAUUUCCACGGGUGGCCAGAAAUUGGGAUUCCUGCAGAAGGAAAAGGGAUGAUCGACCUGAUUGCGGCUGUCCAAAAGCAGCAGCAGCAAACAGGCAAUCACCCGAUUACUGUGCACUGCAGUGCUGGCGCUGGAAGAACAGGUACCUUCAUAGCACUCAGCAAUAUUCUGGAACGAGUGAAGGCUGAAGGGCUCUUAGAUGUAUUUCAAGCUGUGAAGAGCUUAAGACUGCAAAGGCCACAUAUGGUGCAAACACUGGAACAAUAUGAAUUCUGCUACAGAGUGGUACAAGAUUUCAUCGACAUAUUUUCUGAUUAUGCUAAUUUCAAAUGAAAAUUCCUGCCUUAUUUUUUAAUUUGUCUGUAUAAAUAGUUGUAUAUUCUGUUAAUUUAUUCCAUGUCAUUUUGAUUGUUGACUUUACUGUAAAUAUGACCUUGUGUUUGCUCUAAAAGUUGCGUUUGCUGUAUAAAGUUAUUUCUUAAAUAUAAAUAUCUUCUAAAGCAAAGUAUAAUGUUCAUAUACAGUAUAUCACUAUAAGACGGUAUAGAAAUCUUUAUUCUAAAUAACAGUAAAUUAAUUCUUGAGGGUCUAUUUCUUUGAAUUUUUCCACUUAUAAACAUUUAUCAAAAAUGUUAUCUCCCAAUUCUUGAAACUUUACGCAGGCGAUUUACAUUUCAUACUAAAAAAAAAAAAUGAAUUGUGGUACAUAUGUUUAAACUGAACAUGUUUUCACCAUAAACCUUUCUUCACUAUGAAAAUAGAUGUUUAUUUGGGGACACAUUCUGAUAACCUGCUCCUGCUUACUUGUAAUUUAUUUCACAAAUAGUCUCACUGAAGGCAAAGAGACUGUUCGAGUGAAGUGCUAUUAAUGAUGAAGGUAUCAGAAUGUGUCCCUUCAUGUGUAAUAAUGUACAGUCCAACUGAAAAAUAUAACUGCUUUUAAAGUCUGUUUUUAAGAACCUCCUGGUUGAUGGCAGUUCUAUUUUGAGUCUUACUGUCAAUAAGAUAUAAUCAGUAUAAAUACAGAUGUGAAUGUUUGAUUUAAUAUAGCUUUCAAAGUCCAUUUAUUUUGUUCUUUCCUAAAUAUUACACCAGCUUAAAUCAAUUUAGAAAGACAAUAAUGUGAGUUUACCACUAUUUUGAGAAUAUUUUGCAUAUCGGAAGAGUAUAUUUUGCAGCACCUGAACUUGUCUACUUGAAGAGGCUUUACAGCCAUUGUCAGAAAUGGAUUUAAAGCUUCUCUAUAUACAUGUGCAUAAUUUUCCACUUCUUUGAGAAAAGGCAAGAGAGAUGAACUCUCAUUCUUUGAUUCGACUCCACAGAAUAAUUAACAGUAUUUGCUAAAAUUUUGAAAAAAACAAAAAAACCAUUUUACUAACGGUGUAAUGCUAGCAACAUGAAGUGUUGUAGCAAAAAGGUCCUCUGGGUUCUUACCCUCCCAUAUAUAUUAUAAAAAAAGGAAUGAUUCCUUUAUCUAAAAGGGGUAUAUGAUUGUGUAUAUAGAUAUAUUUUUAAUGAAAGUACUACUGAUAAUACGAUUGGUGAAAUAAAGUUUAAAAGUCUUUAUCAUAGCCCUGAACAGGAUACGCUUGGGGGUUAGAAAAUCCAAAAACCACAGGGCAUCCGAAUGUUGAAUAAUUAAGAAGUAUAUCUUUUCCACUCUUGAAAAAUGCAUAUAUGAAUUAAUGAGCACAAAGUAUGCGAAUAUGUACUUUAAUUACAUAACUAAUAUGCAAUAGUUCUGUCUUGUCCAGUUGGUUGGGUUUUUUCAAUGCAAACAUAAAAGCCUUAUUUAAAAUAAGCAAUUUACACUGAUCAUUUCACUAUUGUUCUUGCACUAUUUUAUCCCAUGACCAUUUUUCAUUUCCGAUAGCAAAUAGCAUUAUGCUUUGUAACAAUGCAGGGGAACAGGAAGGUGUUCGUACCUCUCCUUUCAUUUCAUACUGAAUGCAAAAGGUGCAGUUUAGAAAUUUCUAAGCACACUGUUCUGAACACUGCCAUUUACUGCUUCUCGUCUUCCCAUCGAUGCACUUCUGUAUUUAUUUGUACAGUAAAUUAUGCACUUAAAAAAGAUUGUUUAAAGACUAAACCUUUGUUGUGAGUUGCUAUGAGAAGAUACACUCAAGCCACAGAAAGUGUCGAGUAACGAAAAUGAAUGCUAAGUAAGUUUACAUUACUACUGCAUGCUGAAAUUUUAUCAAAUUUUAAAAAGCCAUCAAAUAAAUUCAGUAUGGAAACCAA